UACGCGCCGUGCGUGAGUGCGUGGCGGCGGCGCGUGCGUGAAGAGAGUGGGCGGUGUGGCCGGGUCCACGUGCGUGCCUACUCGUGACCCUCCCUCCGAGCGUCUUAGGGCCCUGCGGAUCCAUGCCCCAAGGCACACUGGCGUCCAAACCCUUCUGCGAGCCGCUGGUGCCGGUGUCCCGUCCCGCAGUGCCCGCCGCCCGCUACGCUUGACCAUGGUGACUGUAGGCAACUACUGCGGCGCCGAAGGGCCCGCGGGGCCGGCCUGGGAGCAGGGUGGCUUGAGUCCCUGCUUUUUCUUCACGCUGGUGCCCUCUACGCUGAUGGCCCUUGCGAUCCUCGCCUUGGUGCUAGCCCUUCCCUGCAAACGCCAGGAGCGGCCCUCAGGCACCGAUGCACUGUCUUGGGGCGCCGGCCCUCGAGUGGCGCCUUACGUCGUACAGCUGCUUCUCGCCACGCUGCAAGUGGCGCUGCCCCUGGCCAGUCUUUUCGGCCGCGUGGGUACGGCCGAGGGGGCCCCACUGCCGGGCUACGUGCUGCUAGCCUCCGUACUGCAGAGUCUGACCAGCGCCUGUGGCCUGUGGCUGCUCGUGGCGGAGCGGAGCCAAGCCCGGCACAGUCUGGCGAUGGGCAUCUGGAUCAAGUUCAGGCACAGCCCAGGGCUCCUGCUCCUCUGGUCUGUGGCGUUUGCCUCUGAGAACUUGGCACUGGUGUCCUGGAACAGCCCACAGUGGUGGUGGGCAAGGGAGAACUUGAGCCAGCAGGUUCAGUUUGGCCUGUGGGUACUGCGGUAUGUGGUGUCCGGAGGGCUGUUUGUCCUGGGGCUCUGGGCCCCCGGACUUCGUCCCCUGUCCUACACCUUGCAAGUUCAGGAUGAGGACCAAGACGUGGAAAGGAGCCAGGCUCGGUCAGCAAGCCAGCAAUCCACCUGGCGGGACCUCGGCAGGAAACUCCGCUUGUUGAGUGGCUACUUGUGGCCUCGAGGGAAUCUGGCCCUGCAGCUGGUGGUGUUCAUCUGCCUGGGACUCAUGGGACUGGACCGGGCACUCAAUGUGUUGGUCCCCAUCUUCUAUAGGGAUAUUGUGAACUUGCUGACCAGCAAGGCCCCUUGGAGCUCCCUGACCUGGACCGUUACCACCUAUGUUUUUCUCAAGUUCCUCCAGGGGGGUGGCACCGGCAGUACAGGCUUCGUGAGCAACCUACGCACCUUCCUGUGGAUCCGUGUACAGCAGUUCACGUCGCGGCGAGUGGAGCUGCGCCUGUUCUCCCACCUGCAUGAGCUCUCGCUACGCUGGCACCUGGGGCGCCGCACCGGGGAGGUGCUGCGCAUUGUGGACCGGGGCACGUCCAGUGUCACGGGGCUGCUCAGCUACCUGGUGUUCAACAUCCUGCCCACGCUGGCUGACAUCAUUAUUGGCAUCAUCUACUUCAGCACGUUCUUCAACGCCUGGUUUGGCCUCAUUGUGUUCCUGUGCAUGAGCCUAUACCUCUUCCUGACCAUUCUUGUCACUGAGUGGAGAGCCAAGUUUCGCCGCAGCAUGAACACACAGGAAAAUGCAACCCGCGCACGAGCGGUGGACUCACUACUCAACUUUGAGACGGUGAAGUAUUAUAAUGCUGAAAGCUACGAAGUGGGGCGCUACCAGGAAGCCAUCAUCAAGUACCAGGAUUUAGAGUGGAAGUCCAAUGCCUCGCUGGUCUUACUGAAUCAGACCCAGAACCUGGUGAUUGGACUCGGGCUGCUGGCGGGCUCCUUGUUGUGUGCAUACUUUGUCAGUGAGGAGAAACUGCAGGUUGGAGACUUUGUGCUCUUUGGAACCUAUAUCAUCCAGCUGUACAUGCCCCUCAACUGGUUUGGCACCUAUUACAGGAUGAUCCAGACCAACUUCAUUGACAUGGAAAACAUGUUCGACCUGCUAAAAGAGGAGCCUGAAGUGAAGGACCUUCCUGGAGCGGGACCCCUUCGCUUCCACAAGGGCCGAAUUGAGUUUGAAAAUGUGCAUUUCAGCUACGCUGAUGGGCGGGAGACCUUGCAGGAUGUGUCCUUCACUGUGAUGCCUGGACAGACCCUGGCCCUGGUGGGCCCAUCUGGUGCAGGCAAAAGCACCAUUCUGCGCCUGUUGUUCCGUUUCUAUGACAUCACAUCUGGCUGCAUCCGGAUUGAUGGGCAGGACAUCUCACAGGUGACCCAGAACUCUCUACGGUCGCACAUCGGAGUUGUGCCCCAGGACACCGUCCUCUUUAACGACACCAUUGCCAAUAACAUCCGCUACGGCCGCGUCACUGCUGACAGCAAUGAGGUGGAGGCUGCUGCCCAGGCUGCAGGUAUCCAUGAUGCCAUCCUGGGAUUCCCAGAAGGGUACGAGACACAGGUGGGUGAGCGGGGCCUGAAGCUGAGCGGAGGUGAGAAGCAGCGUGUUGCCAUCGCCCGCACCAUCCUCAAGGCUCCGGAUAUCAUCCUGCUAGAUGAGGCAACAUCAGCGCUGGAUACAUCCAAUGAGAGGGCCAUCCAGGCUUCUCUGGCCAAGGUCUGCGCCAACCGCACCACCAUCGUGGUGGCCCACAGGCUCUCAACUGUCAUCCAUGCUGACCAAAUCCUCGUCAUCAAGGACGGCUGCAUCGUGGAGAGAGGACGGCAUGAGGCUCUGCUGACCCAAGGCGGGGUGUAUGCCAACAUGUGGCAGCUGCAGCAGCAGGGACAAGAGAAUGCCUCGGAAGACAGCAAGCCUGAGACCACGGCACAAUGACAGAAGGGAGCCCCUUCUCUCCCAAAGGCUACCUCAGAGGGCAGCGUGAUGCGCCCCUUUUGUCCAGGGUUAUUUCAUCUUGGUUUCAAGGUUUGCUGCAAGCAUCAGCAAGAGAUUGGGACCUUUCAGAAAAGCACUUUUGGGGGAAAUAAAAGGUGUGGACUGUG